AGUAUCUUGUUAAACGCCCAAUUAUUUUAUAAAAAAAAUUCGAAAAAUAAAUAAUGGUCAAUACUUCAUCUGAUAAUGCCAGUCCAGUUGGAGGCAAAAUCAAGUAAAAACAAGCAAAGCGCGCACACAUUAUUUUGGUUUCAAAGAGUGUAGUUUGAGAGAGAGAUAUAGAUAUUCUUAACUGAUGAGUUCAGUAGAAGGUGAAGAAGAGUUGUUGAUUGGACAGGCAGAAUUAUGGAAACUAAUCUAUGGAUAUGUAGACUCUGCAACAAUCAAGUGUUCUUUUGAGCUUGGAAUUGCUGACCUAAUCCACAAAAAUGGAGGCGCAAUUUCCUUGUCUCAAUUGGCUUCAGGGAUUGUUGAUGCAUCCCAUGUUGACUCUGCCUACCUAAGCCGCUUAAUGAGAUACCUUGUUCGGAAACAAGUUUUUAGUCAGCAUGAGAAGAUUGGCGAAGAGACUCUCUAUGGUUUGACUCCCAAGUCAAGAUGGCUAGUAACUGAUUCGGACACAACCCUAGCCCCAAUGAUGUUAUUACAAAACCCAUCACCACUCUGUGCUCCUCCUGAUGGGUUUGUUAAAGAAGGUGGACCAUGGGAUAAGGCCUCUCAGAACCCUGAAUUCAACAAUGUUUACAACCAUGCCAUGUCAUGCACUGCCAAGCUUAUCAUGAAAGCAUUGCUUCCACACUACACAGAUGGACUUAUUGACAGCAUCAAAACAUUGGUGGAUGUUGGGGGUGGCACUGGAACAGCAUUAGCUGAGAUUGUGAAAUUUCAUCCUCACAUCAAAGGCAUCAAUUUGGAUCUUCCUCAUGUUGUUGCCAUAGCACCGGACCACGCUGGUGUCAAGCAUGUUGGGGGUGACAUGUUUGAGGACAUACCAAAAGCCGACGCAGUUCUCAUGCAGAGGGUGUUGCAUUGUUGGGGAGACGAUUACUGCGUGAAGAUUUUGAGGAAUUGCAGAAAAGCUAUGCCGGAGAAAGGGGGGAAGCUAAUUUUGGUGGAAAUCGUUUUGAAAGGCGAUGGGAGUGGGACUUUUGGGGAAGUGGGGUUGAUUUAUGAUAUGUUGAUGCUUCUCUACACCUUGAAUGGAAGGGAGAGGACUGAAGCUGAGUGGAAGGCAUUGUUGAAAAAAGGUGGGUUUCCUCGUUACAAAAUUAUUGAAAUUCCCGUCUUGGUUUCAGUCAUCGAGGCUUAUCCAGAAUGACAUACCUUCCUACUUACAGAAUUCUUCCUGGUGUGAUUUUCGUAUUGUGUGAAUCUGUGAUAUGUAUUUGAUGUUGUUAGUACUAUUGGAAAGGAUCGCUGCUCCAUGUUCCUCUACACCCUGUGUGUAUUUUACUCCGUAAAGGUUGACAAGAUGAAGCAAUCUCUUCCACUGGAGUUGCUUAAGAAUUAUGUUUUUGAUUUUUAUGCUUAUGAAUGGAGCUUUGAUAUUAUGUA